AUGAACACUAUUCAGAAGCUCAUCUUUGUAUUGUUAUUGGGUCUACUUGUUAGUGUUGUGUAUUCAUCCACAUUAUCAUCAACAUCUGGAGAUUCGUCCAGUUUAUCUUCACUUUGUACUCAAAUUCCAAUCUCUAUAACAAAUAUUGGUGAGUGUGUUGAAACCGAAUGUAAAGCAACUAUCAGCACAUUAACCAAAACUCUCUCAUCCAAAUCAAAUUGUUUUCUUUUAACUGUCGAAAAUCAAAUUGUCGGUCAAAUUAAUAUUGACAUGCAAAACGGUUUCAAAACACAACAAUCUAAUGAGUGUUAUUAUUCUGAUGAUUAUGCUUUCAAUACUACUAUUAAAUGUAGUAGAUCCUCUCGUUUGACUUGUAGUAAUUGUCCAGGUUUCUCUUCGAAUAAUCCCUAUUCGAAAUGUGUUUUUGGAAGAGGUAUUGAAAAUCAGUCCUGGUGUGGAUAUACAACUUAUUUUAUGGGAAAUUUGAGAUAUAAAGUUUGUCAUCUCAGUGAACCUUCUCCACCAUCCAUAAUGAUGAAAGUUUCUACUAGUCAAAAUUCCAUUCCUUUCUACGUUAAUUAUACGAAAGAUGUCAAUCAAUAUACUAACUCUGAUGGUAGUAUUACUGUUUCUGUUGAUAAUGUGAAAACUACUGAUCCAGAAGUCAAGCAAUUCAUUGCCUAUGAUUCAGCAAAUCCAACCGAUUUCUUUUAUUUACCUUUUCACUUGGUUAAUAUGGGAAACGAGUUUAAUUAUUCCAAAUUGGGAUGGGUCAAAUCAUUCCCUAAACCUAGUAUUGGUCAUCCAGAUUAUCCACCAACUAAUUUCAUGACUAUUGGUUGUGAAACUCAAAAUGGUAUUGCAACAACUUCAGCUGUCUAUAAUUCUGACAUUUUGACUUCCUCUUAUGCAGCUUCCAAAAUUGGAGGCAUGUCUUUACAAGAUGCAGAAUAUAACACUUUACAAUUAUCAAACUUCCCUGGAUUGGGUUACAAUUAUCAACCUUAUCAUUAUAUUAAGGAUGGUAUCAUGAGCAUUUUUUACAAAACUCCGUCUCGUGUUACCUUUAUUGGAAUAACUCCUGAUCUCCAUAUAGUUCCAAUGCAAUAUAAUGCAAUUCCUGCAAGUGUUAAUAUCAAGACUAAUAGAGGUUUGGUUGAAACAUUUACAAGUCCAGUAGCUCACUGUGAUUAUGUUUAUACUCCUGAAGGUGGAGCAUGUACUCAAGUGUGUCUUAUUCGAAACUCUGAUAGUGUUUCCUCAUAUGGAUUUGCAAGAAUGAAUAGCUGUCAAUUUAAUCAUCAUUCUUUGGUUGGAUUAUCCGAUUUUUCAAUCACUGCAAUGAAAUGGCCUGAAAUGCAAUGGUAUUCUUACACAUUUAAAAAGAAUAUUACAUCUACUAGAGUUAAUACCCCUUCUCUAGUGUCAAGUGUCACAAUUAAUUCAUUGACUGUUAGUUUGAAUUAUCAAUUAACAUUAAGAAACUUUACAAUUUCAUUCAAAUCAAGUUCAAUCAUUCCAACCAUUGGAAAUUGUACUCAAGAUGGAAAUCAAUUAUCAUUUACAUUGGGAAGUUUAUCCUAUCCUGGAAAAAUUCUGGUAUACUUUUCAGAUUCAAAUAUUCCUUCAUUAUCACCAGUUGUUGGUCUAAUUCCAUCUGUGUCAACUGUCCAAUUGACCGAUUCACAAGUUAAAACUCAAGAUUUGGUUGUCAUUGCAAGAAAUGGAGAUUAUCAAUCAACUUGUAUCAUUUCAAUGAAAGGUGUGUUAUCAACUGAACCAUUUGUAUCUAGACAAUAUUGUAAACUUAGAGUCAACCACAAAUUCAACUGA